AUGUCGAGGUCAAUUUAUCAAACUAAUGGUAAACCAUUAUCAGCUCAAGCUAUAUACCAACAAAAAUUAAAACAAGGAAUUUAUACCAGUCCAAAUAUUGGCAAUGUUGGAGUUAAUUCAAGUGCUUCCGAUACUGCAGCCUUAUUAGCAGCUUCAAGUGAUUUAACAGUUAAACCAAGUUAUGAAAGAACUGUUGCUCAAGAAGCUCAAGAUGCUGCAUUAGCUGCCAAAUUGGAAAAAAUCUAUCAAUGGUCCAGAACUGUUGAUCCAAAUGCUGAAAAUGCUGCUAAUUCUUCCUUAUAUAAGACUGAAGAACCUAUCUCAAAAAGUACAACUAUGACAUCAUCUGUUGGUAUACCAAGUUUAAAUGGUUCAUCUAUUUAUAAGAAAGCUAAUGAACAGUCAACAUCAACUAUGACAUCAAGAAUUAAUCCUGAAAAGAAUUCCAAACAUGGAUUAAAACCACAAACUUCAGGUAUUAAUUUAGAUAUCUCCAAGAUUUCAAGUUUAGCCAAUAGUAAUUCAACUAAAACCAUGGAUUCUAGAAUUAACCCCAAUUUAAAUGUUGGUAGAUCAGGAUUAACUUCAAAUUCAACUAAAUCUUUCAAAGCAAGUGAUAUUUCUGGUAAAUAUUUAUUAUCAGCAGCCAGUGAAAAAGCUAAUGAUAGACUUAAUAGUUUAAACAAUGGUACUCCCCAAGAUUUUAAAGCUCAAGCUCAAUUAUAUGCCAAUGCUUUAGCUAUUGCUCAAAAGAGAAGUGAUGACAGAGUCAAGAAUCAUAAAGUUGGAGUCAUUGAUUUAGGUGGAGGUUUAACUGUUACUCAACAAGAAUUAGAUAAAAUGGCAAGUUUAAUUGUCGCGCCAGUUUUGAGCGACAUUGACUCUAAAGCUAAACAACAAAGAGAUCAAGAUAAAGAAGCUAAUUUAAAGAAGAAAGAAGCUAAUAAGAAACAUUUAGAUGCUAAAAAAGCUCAAGUAAUGGAAAAAUUGAAAGAAAAGGAAGAUUUAGAAAAAGAGAAAAAGACUAGAUUCGAUGAAAAUGAAGAACAAAAGAAACUUAAAGAUGAAGAAUUUGUUACUUAUCAAGGUGAAGAAAAUGAUAAAGUUACUGUUAAAGAAGGAGAAUUAAAAGAACAACAAGAGAAAUAUGCUGAAGAAAAGGAGAAAUUAUUAGCUCAAAAACAGGAAAAUCAAGAUAAAAUUGAUGAAGAAGAACAAGAAUUAAUCUCUUCAAGAAAGACAGAAUUAGAAGAAAUGCAAUCUGAAAGAGAUGUUGAAAUCAAUCCGAUUUUAGAGGAAUUAAAAGUUGAGAAUGAAAAAUUAUCAGAAUUAACUGAUGCUAAAACUGAAUUAGCUGGAGAAGUUGAAACUUUAGAAAAGACUAAUAAUGAAUAUUUAACUAAAUUGAAAGAAUUAGAAGAAAAAUUAAAGGAAACUGAAGAAGAAAUUGAAUUAAAACAAUCAGAAUUCAAAGAUUUAGAAAUCAAACAUGAUGAAAGUAAUAAAGAAAUUGAAGAAUUAACUUCAUCUUCUAAUACCAAAUUAGCAGAAAUUUCUAAAGAAAAUGAAAAUUUGGAUAAUGAAAUCAAACAAUUAUCCGAAACUAAAGAACAACAUAUUUCUGAUAAAGCUGCUAAGAAAAAGGAAAUUAAAGAUCAUUUAGAUGAAAGAAUUAAAGAAGAAGAAGCUAUUAAUAGUGAAUUACCUGAACAUUUAAGAAAAGAUGUUGAUACCAAGAAAUUAUUAGAUACUUCGUCUAUAUUUUCCGAUGAACCAGUUCAAGCAAAACCUGUUGAAAAACCAAUAGAAAAGAAGAAAGAAGUUAAAGUUGAAAAGAAGGAAAAGAAAAAUCCUAUGAAAAGAUUAUCAAGUUUAUUCAAAAGGAAAUCUAUUCCAAAUUCAGUGGCUACUGGUGCAGUUGCAGGUUCUACUGCAGUUUCUGUUGCUAAAUCAACUGCUGAUAAAGCUGCCAAAUCAUCUGAAGGAGUUGUUGAAUCAACUAAAAAAGGGGUUAAAACUGGUUUAGAUGCUGGUAAACAAGUCAUUGAAAAAAGUGAAAAAGCCAAAAAGGAUGAUGAAGAUUUUGAUGAUUUAAGUAUUCAAGAUAAUAAAGGUGGUUUAUUCAAAGAAGAAAUCUAG